AUGGGUCACCCAGUCACCCUAGCCACCUGCUCCCUAAAUCAAUGGGCCCUCGACUUCGCCGGCAACCUCCAACGAAUCCUCCUCUCAAUCCAGCAAAGCAAAGCUUUAGGCGCAAAGCUUCGUGUAGGGCCGGAGCUCGAGAUUACAGGAUAUGGCUGCUUCGAUCACUUCUUGGAAGGAGAUACUGUCCUCCACUCGUGGCAAGUCCUCGCCCAAAUCCUGGAGAGUGACGCAACGCACGGGAUCGUAUGCGAUAUUGGCAUGCCAGUACUGCAUCGCUCUACCCUGUACAACUGUCGCGUCCUCUGCUUGGACGGGAAGAUCCUCUUCAUCCGACCCAAGAUGCAUCUAGCCAAUGAUGGGAAUUACAGGGAGAUGCGAUACUUCACCCCUUGGACUAGGCGGGGGGAGACCGACGACUUCUUUCUGCCGCGCAUCGUUGCCAAGUCACAAGGGAGGGAAACGGUGCCGUUUGGCGAUGCUGUGCUGGCUACCAGAGAUACGGCCGUGGGAGUGGAGCUGUGUGAAGAGCUGUUCACUCCCAAUAGCCCGCAUGUCGCUAUGGGUUUGGAUGGGGUCGAGAUCUUCAUCAACUCCUCCGGAUCGCAUCACGAGCUUCGCAAGUUGUACCGUCGCGUCGACUUGAUCAAAGAGGCGACGCUCAAGCUCGGCGGUAUCUACCUCUACGCCAAUCAACAAGGUUGCGACGGUGAUCGCCUCUACUACGACGGUUGUCCACUCAUCGCCCUCAAUGGUAGCAUUGUGGCGCAGGGCUCGCAAUUCUCUCUCGAUGAUGUGCAGGUGGUGACUGCGACUGUGGAUCUGGAUGAUGUCAAAGCGGCGAGGUGUGCCAAGAGUAGGGGGAUGCAAGCGGUGCAGAGUCGGGAGAUUAACAACGGCAGAGGCUUCACGAGGGUGAAGGUUGACUUUGACUUGGGGAAGCGAGACCAGGAUCAUGGGGGGGAUGGCGACGACGACGACGUAGGUGGGAACAGCGGCGCCUCCGCUCGAACCGGCUCUGGCGCAGCCGACCCAGACGCGGUAGCCCUGGGCACUGCCGCCUCCUCCUCCUCCAAUCGCACCUCCCAAGCACGCGACGGCGGUGACGUCUUCUACCACACCCCGUCAGAAGAGAUAGCGCUCGGCCCCGCCUGCUGGCUCUGGGACUACCUCCGUCGCAGCAAGACUCAGGGUUACUUCAUCCCCCUCUCCGGCGGCAUCGACUCUUGUGCUACGUCAGUCAUCGUCUACUCGAUGUGCCGGCUUGUCUACCAAGCAUGUCAAGGUCCCCGCCCUAAUGCUCAAGUGCUGGAAGACGUAAGGAGGAUUUGCGGGGGAGCGACGAAGGAGAAAUUGCCUGAUGGUUGGGUGCCUUCCAGCCCUCAAGAGAUUGCGAACCGGAUCUUUGUUACUUGCUAUAUGGGCACGGAGAACUCCAGCGCCGAGACGCGCAAUCGCGCUCGCGACCUGGCUGCGGCAAUUGGGUCGUAUCAUAUUGACCUCAACAUGGACAUUGUAGUCACUGCGAUCGUCAGCCUCUUUGCUAUGGUAUCGCAGCGCACACCACGCUUCAAGGUGCAUGGUGGGACACCUGCCGAGAACCUUGCACUACAGAACAUCCAGGCUAGAUUGAGGAUGUUGCUCGCGUACAUGUUUGCCCAGUUGACUCCUUGGGUCAGGGGCGGAAUGGGAAGCUUGCUCGUGUUGGGAAGCGCAAAUGUCGAUGAGAGCUUGCGAGGCUACCUAACCAAGUACGACUGCUCCUCCGCCGACGUGAAUCCCAUCGGUUCCAUCUCCAAGACGGACCUCAAAUCAUUCAUCGCCUACGCCCGCGAUGCCUUCGACCUUCCCGUGCUCCACUCCUUCCUCACGGCCGUUCCGACUGCCGAGCUCGAGCCCAUCACAAAGGACUACGUGCAGGCGGAUGAAGCGGAUAUGGGCUUGACAUACGAUGAGCUCAGCGUCUUGGGAAGGCUCAGGAAGGUGGGCAAGUGCGGCCCUUACGGUAUGUUGCUCAAGUUGCUUCAACAGCGAAAGGACUACAAUGCCGCAGCAGCACAAGCGCAGAGGACGACGUUGAACAAGAAGGAGGAGGAGGAGAAGUCAGCUUCAGCCCCACCACUGCUCCAUCUUUCUCCGCGGGGAAUAAUGGAGAAGGUCCAACUCUUCUUCACCAUGUACGCCAUCAAUCGUCACAAGAUGACCACCUUGACGCCGAGCUACCAUGCGGAGAGCUACUCUCCCGACGAUAAUCGCUUCGACCUCAGGCCAUUCUUGUACAAUGUCAGGUUCCCCUGGCAGUACGAGCGGAUGGAGGCGAGGGUCAAGGGGGAGGAGGCCAGAGAGGCGGGCAAGAAGGAGUAG